UGAGAGAUGUGUGACUCUUCCUUUCAUUUGAAUACUUAGAGGCCACUGUAGGGUUAUUAAUUGGACUAAUUUCAACAUUGUUGUGUCUCAGGGAACAGGGAGGCUUGAGAAGAGGGAGAGAGAUUGGGGAAUGGCCAGUCAGCAGAGCAGUCAGAACACACAAAGUUAUCAAUUAAGUUCACUGUCUUAUAUGGGUGCAGUUCAUAGUGACCCAAAACAAUUACAGUAGUAAUAUCAAAGAUCACUGAUCACAAAUUACCAUAACAGAUAUAAUAAUAAUGAAAAAUUUGAAAUAUUGUGAGAAUCACAAAAAUGUGACACAGAGACAAGAAGUGAGCUCAUGCUGUUGGGAAAAUGGCACCAAUAGACUUGCUUGACACAGGGUUGCCACAAACCAUUAAUUUGCAAAAAAACACAAUAUACGGGAAGCAGAAUAAAGUAGAGCACAAUAAAUGAGACACUCCUGUGGCCAAAGCCUUUCUCAAGCAGUCAAGCAGUCAAGUCAAGCAGAGAGAAACUGGAAAGCAUUUUAUUUCUCUGGAAUCCUAUAGCCUUGGAGGCAUGCUCUAGUUUAGAGCAAACUUGAGGAUCCAGAUUUAGUUGUGAAGUCUUUAGCGCUGAACUGGUGGUUGGUUUUGGGUCACAGGAGCCUAACACGGAGAAGAUUAGAAAUGGUGGUCUCAGAAUUCAGCCAGGGUCUUGAGGUCCCUUUAGCCUGAAUGUGACUGGGGUUAGGAUUUCUUUCCACUAAGGAACAGAGCAGUUUGGAAACUACAGCAGCUUCUAGAAGCUAGCCAAUUUGAUGUUCAGCAACUUGGAUCUGGACCAGAAAUAAGCUGACUCCUUCCCAGGAAAGAUUAUAUAGGGACUGUCUACGGAGUAGGAAGAGGUCAAACCGACCCUACAGAGCGAAGAUUGGACCCUGGCUGGGUGCUGCUCAGGCGAGAAAAAUACAUAGAUUUCCAAGGCUUUGUAUGGGUUUCAGUGGGGCCACCAUAUACUGGCAAAAUCAUGUUGUCUGUAUCAACAAGAGCAGUGAUAACACUUGGAUAAUUGGAAUAUACAGAUAAUCAAAGAUCUCUUUUAUCUAAUAUUUUCAGCCUCCCCACCCCAAAUGAAAAAAUUGAAAACCUUUCAGUGGAUGCUAAUAAGAAACUACAUUAAGUGAUUUCACUUUCCUCUCCCUGACCUUUUUCAUUUUCUAGUUUCAGUGGCCAGUUGGAAGAAAGAGGGAACGGGCAAAUGCUUGAAAGUUUAGUCAUGAACAUAAUGAAGAGUUGUCCUUAAUAUUCAAAAUAAUGACAUAACAUACACUUGAACUUGUCUGGGACUCUGGAUAACAGUGUUGACUGGUCCUCGCUGGGGACUGCAGGUGUUCCGGAAAGCCUUGUCUGGGUCUUAGGUGGCCAUUACACUCUAAGCACGGGGCUUUAUACUGUAAGUUCCAUGAGUCAGAAGAAUACCUGUAAAGAGCCCCACCUUAGAGAUCAGGAAACCUGGUUCUAGUCUCUGCUCUGCUCUUAAAAGGUCAGGUAUUAUUUGGUUGACCCUCUGUCUAUGUUAGAGCCAUGUCUUUUUCAGGUUGUUCCGUCACCCAUUUGGCUGUUCCAUCCUUCUUUUUCUUGGCCAGAUAGGACAAAAUCCCUUUUCACUGUCUUACAGCAUCAGGAGCCUGGAACUAGAGUUACCAUCCCACCAUUUUAGAGGGAGCUGUCCUAAGGGUUCCAUUUCUACUAGCUUCGGGGACUUGCCUUUGUCUUCUGAGCUCUAGAGAUUCUUAUGGUAUGCUCCUCAAAGGUUCCAGGCUGGGGGGUGACCGUGCCUCCCCGGUAGGCCUCAGUGGCCCCAGGUUCUGGGGGGCGUGGGGCUGCUGCUUCAUCCCCAUGGCACUGCCGUCACUCCUGCUGCUGGUGGCAGCCCUGGCAGGUGGGGUGCGUCCUCCCGGGGUGCGGAACCUGACGCUGGCGGUGGUGCUGCCGGAACACAACCUGAGCUAUGCCUGGGCCUGGCCCCGUGUGGGUCCUGCUGUGGCACUAGCUGUGGAGACGCUGGGCCAGGCACUGCCUGUGGACCUGCGGUUUGUCAGCUCUGAAAUGGAUGGUGCCUGCUCUGAGUACCUGGCACCUCUGCGCACUGUGGACCUCAAGCUGUACCAUGACCCCGACCUGCUUCUGGGCCCCGGUUGCGUGUACCCCGCUGCCUCGGUGGCCCGCUUUGCCUCACAUUGGCAUCUUCCCCUGCUGACUGCGGGCGCUGUGGCCUCUGGUUUUGCGGCUAAGAAUGAGCAUUAUCGUACCCUGGUUCGCACUGGCCCCUCUGCUCUCAAGCUGGGUGAGUUUGUAGUGACACUACAUGGGCACUUCAAUUGGACGGCCCGUGCUGCCUUGCUGUAUCUGGAUGCUCGCACAGAUGACCGGCCUCACUACUUCACCAUCGAGGGCGUCUUUGAGGCCCUGCAGGGCAGCAACCUCAGUGUGCAGCACCAGGUGUAUGCCCGUGAGCCAGGGGGCCCUGAACAGGCCACCCACUUCAUCCGGGCCAACGGGCGCAUUGUGUAUAUCUGCGGCCCUCUGGAGAUGCUGCAUGAGAUCCUGCUUCAGGCCCAGAGGGAGAACCUGACCAAUGGGGAUUAUGUCUUCUUUUACCUGGAUGUCUUUGGGGAGAGUCUCCGCGCAGGCCCCACACGCUCUACAGGCCGGCCCUGGCAGGACAAUCGCACCCGGGAGCAGGCCCAGGCCCUCCGAGAGGCCUUUCAGACGGUAUUGGUGAUCACAUACCGAGAACCCCCAAAUCCUGAGUAUCAGGAAUUCCAGCAUCGUCUGCUGAUGAGAGCCCGGGAAGAUUUUGGUGUGGAGUUGGCCCCCUCCCUGAUGAACCUCAUUGCUGGUUGCUUCUAUGAUGGGAUCCUGCUAUAUGCUGAAGUCCUGAAUGAGACAUUACAGGAAGGAGGUACCCGGGAAGAUGGACUCCGAAUUGUGGAGAAGAUGCAGGGACGAAGAUACCACGGUGUAACUGGACUGGUUGUUAUGGACAAGAACAAUGACCGAGAGACUGAUUUUGUCCUGUGGGCCAUGGGAGACCUGGAUUCUGGGGACUUUCAGCCUGCAGCCCACUACUCAGGAGCUGAGAAGCAGAUCUGGUGGACAGGACGGCCUAUUCCCUGGGUGAAGGGGGCUCCCCCCUUGGACAAUCCCCCCUGUGCCUUUGACCUGGACGACCCGUCCUGUGAUAAAACUCCACUUUCCACUCUGGCGAUUGUGGCUCUGGGCACGGGAAUCACCUUCAUCAUGUUUGGUGUUUCCAGCUUCCUCAUUUUCCGAAAACUCAUGCUGGAGAAGGAGCUGGCUAGCAUGUUGUGGCGCAUUCGCUGGGAAGAACUGCAAUUUGGCAAUUCGGAGCGUUAUCAUAAAGGGGCAGGCAGUCGCCUCACGUUGUCACUGGGAAAUGUUGUCGCCAUCAAACACGUGAAUAAGAAGCGCAUUGAGCUGACCCGACAGGUUCUCUUUGAACUCAAACAUAUGAGAGAUGUUCAGUUCAACCAUCUUACUCACUUCAUUGGUGCCUGCAUAGAUCCCCCCAACAUUUGCAUCAUCACUGAGUAUUGUCCUCGUGGGAGCUUACAAGAUAUUUUGGAAAAUGACAGCAUCAACUUGGACUGGAUGUUUCGUUACUCACUUAUUAAUGACCUUGUUAAGGGCAUGGCCUUUCUCCACAACAGCAUUAUUGCAUCCCAUGGGAGUCUCAAGUCCUCCAACUGUGUGGUGGAUAGUCGCUUUGUGCUCAAAAUCACAGACUAUGGCCUGGCCAGCUUCCGAUCAACUGCUGAGCCUGAUGACAGCCACGCCCUCUAUGCCAAGAAGUUGUGGACUGCCCCCGAAGUGCUCGGUGGGAACCCCUUACCAACCACAGGCAUGCAGAAGGCUGAUGUCUAUAGCUUUGGGAUCAUCUUACAAGAGAUAGCACUUCGCAGUGGUCCUUUCUACUUGGAGGGCCUGGACCUCAGCCCCAAAGAGAUUGUCCAGAAGGUCCGAAAUGGUCAGCGGCCCUAUUUCCGGCCAAGCAUUGACAGAACCCAACUGAACGAAGAGCUAGUUUUGCUGAUGGAGCGGUGUUGGGCCCAGGACCCAGCUGAACGGCCAGACUUCGGACAAAUUAAGGGCUUCAUUCGUCGCUUUAACAAAGAGGGUGGCACCAGCAUAUUGGACAACCUCCUGCUGCGCAUGGAGCAGUAUGCCAAUAACCUGGAGAAGUUGGUGGAGGAACGCACACAGGCCUAUCUGGAGGAGAAACGCAAGGCUGAGGCUCUGCUCUACCAAAUUCUACCCCAUUCAGUGGCAGAGCAGCUAAAACGGGGAGAGACUGUACAGGCUGAGGCCUUUGACAGUGUCACCAUCUACUUCAGUGACAUUGUUGGCUUCACAGCCUUGUCGGCGGAGAGCACCCCCAUGCAGGUGGUGACACUUCUUAAUGACCUGUAUACCUGCUUUGAUGCCAUAAUUGACAACUUUGACGUCUACAAGGUGGAGACGAUUGGAGAUGCCUACAUGGUUGUAUCUGGCCUGCCAGGUCGAAAUGGUCAACGCCAUGCCCCAGAAAUUGCUCGGAUGGCCCUAGCAUUACUGGAUGCAGUUUCUUCCUUCCGUAUCCGCCACCGACCCCAUGACCAGCUGAGGCUACGCAUAGGGGUCCAUACUGGGCCAGUCUGUGCUGGGGUUGUUGGCCUGAAGAUGCCCCGCUAUUGUCUUUUUGGAGACACGGUGAAUACUGCUUCUCGAAUGGAAUCCAGUGGUCAAGCCUUGAAGAUCCAUGUUUCCUCUACCACCAAGGAUGCCCUGGAUGAGCUAGGGUGCUUCCAGCUAGAGCUUCGGGGAGAUGUGGAGAUGAAGGGAAAAGGAAAGAUGCGAACUUACUGGCUCCUAGGAGAGCGGAAAGGACCUGCUGGACUCCUGUAAACCCCACUUCUUCCCAAAACAGUCUCCUAUUGCCGGUAUCUGGGUGGGCAGUGGCCACUGUCUCUCCACAUACCAGAAAUGGACAUUGUUAUAUGAGAUGGGAACCAAUGUGCACAAAAAACCUACCUUAGUCAGGAGGCUGUUGCCCUUUGCAGCUCAGUAUUGUACAUAUACCUGCCCGUCUCUGGCCUGGCCCCCUUCCUCCCCAUCUUCUGUAAAUAUCUGUAUCUAAAUCAGAAUAUUUUGGCCAAAUAUAAAACAACAAAAAAAGUCAUGGCACCACAGUCUGGGGUAGAGACAACUACAAUGAAAGGAGGAUACAGGGUAUGGACACGGUGAGUCUCACAGAAUCACUGAAUUAGCAGUAUCGGGAUGAGGGAUGGUCUUUUAUGUCAAGUCUACUCACCAAGUACAGGUAGAAUUAACUUCUUCCCCAUCUCACCAGUACAGACAGAAACAGAUUCCAUAUUCCAUACCAUCACCCCCUUACCACACUCUCUACCGCCCUGCCCUCCUCCCUGACAGGCAAGGGAAGCUAUUUCUUAUAAUGAAUGGGGGUAAUCCUCAGGUUCAUAGGGCAAAGGCUGCCCCAGGGAUAAGGGCACUGGUGUUGUGAAGGUGCAGUUCCUCCGGAAUGGUGUAUCCAGUGUCUUGAUAUUACUGACACCCUGAAGGAAUGCCAAAAUGAGGAAUGAGGACAGAUCCUGCCCUGCCCCACAGCCCCCACUUCCACCAAGCCAGACAGAACAGCCUCUUCCCCCUCUUUCUUUUCUCCCACCCCCAACACCCAGUCACCCUCAUGUACCGGUAGCUGUGGUGCCCUCUGUAUCCAGAAGGUUUCAGGCUGUUCCUGACAGUAGUCAUGAGGCUGUGAGGAAGAGAUACUGCAUAACCCUUCACCUGCAGGGCCUCUCUCAACCUCUGGGCCUCUGUUUCCCACACCCCAUCUGAUCACAGCUAUGCAUGUAGGGUGAAAUGGGUUCUCACCUUUGUGGGGGCAGGAGGCCCUGCUUGCACCAGCUCCAUUCGGUAGUCAUGGUGUGUCACCGAUUUGACCUCAAAAAGCUUCUUUGUGGGUUCCUGUUCUCUCUGUACCUCUUUACUAUAUAGCCCUAUGAGAAGUCAAGGCCAUUCUCUCCCAGUUUUUGUCUCUUCCCUCCCCUUUCCCCUUUUCCCAGCCUCUCACCAGAUCUGGUGGUGCAGGAGCAUCUCCAGCCUGGCUUCGCGCUUCCCUGUAGAAGGGUAGGGAGUGAACAGAGUGGGAGACUGGUUAAGAAGUAGGCUUAGAAGAAACAAAUUUGAGAUAAAGGAAAAUCUUGUUUUUCGGCCCUUAAACCCACUGAACAAUCCGCAGUCCCACCAAAAGUUCCUUCCUCUCUUUUUUUCUCUGAUUAAUGGACUCAUUCUGUCCCUCUUGCUCAUGCUUCACACCUCGAAGUGGCUGGCAGAGGCUUCCUGGGGACUGGUAUGAAUCCUUCUGGGUGGUGCUGGUGGGCAUGGGUGACUGUGGCUGCAGGGUCAGCAGUCCCUGGUGUCCAUGUCGGAAGAAGUAACUCUCAG